UUCGUAUCUCAGAUUCUACUACUGCUUGCUCAAGCUUUUAUUCUACACAAUCCAAACCACAGCCAUGGAAGCAUCAAACCCCUCCAAGAAGCCUUCUGGCAGCCAACAGAGCUCGCCCUCAACUGCAGUAAGCCAAGGAAGCAGCCAAACCCCAACCAGUGGUCAACAGAGCCAGGGAAGUGGACAAGACAGUGGAAACCAAGGGCAAACUGGCAGCAGCCGCCAGUAUGGCAGCGGAAAACAACAAGAUCAAAGCGGUGGCCAGCAGGGCAGUGGAAAUCAACAAGGACAGGAUCAGAGCGGUGGUCAGCAGGGUAGUGGAUCUCAACAAGGACAGGAUCAGAGUGGUGGUCAGCAGGGCGGUGGAAACCAACAAGGACAGGAUCAGAGCAGUGGUCAGCAGGGUAGUGGAAACCAACAAGCACAGGAUCAGAGCAGUGGCCAGCAGACUGGGGGAAGUCAGGGCAGUGGGCAACAAAGUUGUGGAACCCAGCAAGGAGGACAGAGUCAAGGACAGGGACAGGAUUCUUCUUAUAAACUUAGACAAGGAAGAGAUAAGCAAUAGACCUGUGGUUUACACUCCAAUAGC